AUGGACGGCUUGUACAUCGCAGCGGCAAUUAUUCACUUCAUCGAAUACGUUGGCCGUCUCAUCGCCUCGAGCCAGUCUAGACACAGUCCACCGAAUGGCCUUUCUCUGGAGCAUCGUGAAUUGGGCUCCAUCGCCAAGGGUCUCCUGUCGAGCAGCCGCCAAAUCGAAGAGUCGCUGCGAUCCCAACACCGCGAACAUACUCAUACCAACAUCGGCAUCCUACAGCAUCAAACCGCGAGUCAUUGCCAAGGUAUCGCAGAGGAGCUUCUAGAUGCCAUCGAACUUCUCCAGGCGGCGGGGCCCGGGACAAAAUGGCGAUCUUUUCGCCAGGCCCUCCGGGUUGUAUUGAGCGACUCCAAGGUGCAGGCCUUGGAUAGAGGCUUACGCUCCUUGCGUCACCAAACCAUCUGUACUACGAUUGAUAGCCUGAGACUUGAAGCCUCCAGGUUGAGCCGCGUCCAAGCUGCCAUCCGUCACGCCUCCGAAGAUGCGCCACCACCAGCUCCAGAUCGCGGCGUCUCGGUGGGAGAUCGGUUCAUAAACGACAACAGGCUCGGGGACACCUGGCGAAGACUCAUCGUGCGCUGCAUACUCGAGAACCAACGAAACCCCAACGCGAUGCUCCCUCCGUUCCUCGGCCUCAAGCCCAAGGGUACCUGGGCCCGUGCAUACGAGGGCGGCGUCCGGGCAAGGGUCCUGCAUCGACUGACGUUCCGAAACAUGGAAGACCGCGAGAGGCAGAUCCCCGAUGCGGACGAGGGCACGUUUAGUUGGGUCUUCCGUGACCCGGUCAUCAAUGAUAAGCCCUGGUCAAGCUUUAGAGACUUCCUGCGCUGGCCCACGAGCAAGAUAUACUGGAUCACUGGCAAGCCGGGGUCUGGGAAAUCCGCCCUGAUGAAGCAUAUCCAUCAAAGUCUAGAGACUCGAAAUCUUCUCAGACAUUGGAGUGGCGGCCGGAACUACCUCCAGGCGAGGUUUUACUUCUGCAACAGUGGAGAGAAUAUGCAGAUGUCCAUCGAAGGUCUACUGCAAUCACUGUUGCUGGAUUGCCUCAUGCCGAUCCCCUCGUCGAUAAUUCAGAGAGUUCUUCCAGCACGGUGGGAGGUCGCGUGCCUCUUUGACCAAGAUGACUUCCCUUGGAGCGAGGAGGAGCUACUCAGCGCCCUAAAAACGCUUGUGAUGGAUGUCUAUAAACAUCAAAAGUUUUUCUUCUUGAUCGACGGGCUCGACGAGUAUUCUGGAGAGCAGCCACAGCUUAUCGAUCUCAUCAUGGAGCUGGCGGAGGAGACCAACAACCUCAAGCUCUGUAUCUCAAGCCGGCGUUGGCCACACUUUCACGGCGCCUUCAUGGGAAGGCCGCACCUGGUCCUAGAGGACCUUAGCGAUGCCGAUAUUGAUCACUACGUAGAGGCCAAGUUUGAGGAAAGCUCGGCGUUCUGCCAGCUCCGACAGAGAGAGCCGGAGAACUUUGAAAGACUCAUGAGAGAGACUUCCCACAAGGCAGAUGGUUGCUUCCUAUGGGCCCAGUUGGCCGUGCAAUAUCUCACCGAUGCCCUGUCAAACGGAGAUAGGAUCGGCGAUCUCGAUAAUCGGCUUGGUGAACUGUUCCCAGGAGACAUCGAGAGAAUCGUGGAAAAGAUUAUUGCCUCGCUGGAUGAAGAUGAGCGAGAUGAUGCAUCUCGGAUUUUCCAGAUCGUUCGAUCCUGUGACGACUUCGCUACCGUUCUGUGCGUCGCCCUAGCAGAUCUCGAGGACAUCAAUCUAGCCAAAAUGACGUCUGCGAAAGUGAUGCCUGUCCAAUAUAAAGAGUCAUUGUCCAGGAUAAUGAGGAGAACACUGAUCAACAGAUGUCAAGGCUUGCUUGAUAUUGCCGCACCAAACGAGGACGAAGACGACAGCGAUGAAAGCGAUGAGGAAUCUGAGGAGGAAAGCGGGAAUGAAUCUGAUGAUGAAGCCGACGAGGAAGAAACAAGUGACGCAUCCUCAAAACAAAACACCAUCACCAAUUUCAUAUCCCAUCUGGAGAUAAAAUAUGUCCAUCGUGUCGUCAAAGACUACAUUGAGAGUCCACACAUUUGGGACUGGAUUGUCAGCAUGAGCUCUGUCCGCUUCGAUCCAAAUUUGUCGCUCUGCAAAGCAAACAUUCUUCAAUUCAAGGGACUUGACCCUUUGUCACUCUCAAUGUCUGAGUUCUGGUUCCACGCUGAAAUGGCGAUCAAAUACGCCGUUCGGUGUAUGGACGUAGAAGGUAACGUCAGGGAAGUGAUUGAACUGUUGGACGAGGUGGACUCAACUGGAAGCGCUCUGACAUACCACUAUACGAACCCAACAUUCAUCGACCGACCUGGCUCCCUUGGAGAAGACGACCAUUGGGCCACCUUCUUUCUUCCCAGCAUCUCGCACCCCAACUUUAACCAUUUGAUGGUGGCGUGUGGAGUGCACCAAUAUCUUACCCGGCGUCUGCGCAAGGAGGAUGUACGAAACGAGAGACUCGCCGGGGAACCGACCCCAUUACUGAUCACGGCGGUGCAAGAAUUCGCAUGUCUUUCCAACUGCGAUGAGUUGGCUGGCCCUCAUGCACGAGUUGUGGAAGCUCUCAUGAGGAAAGGGGCCGAUUGUCUCCAGGUCCAUCACGGCCGUUCAGCCUUCAGCUUGGUGCAGAGAGCGAGAAAGGUUGGGAAACACAAACCCGUUUACGAAGAGAUCUUAAGAGUCUUCGAGCGAUAUUCCAGGCGGCCGCUGCCUAUACCAGUCAAUUUGGACUCUUCAAUGGCUCUUGCGCGGCGUGCCUCCCAACCAACCCCUUAUCGAGAGGCCGACAAUGAUUCCAUCCGAUCAACUGAUGGUCUUUGCGAAGGCAACAAUGGACGAGAAGAACCCAGGCAAGGCAAACUUCCUUCCAAGGAAUACAGAACUGUACACAUUGAGGGUAAGAAUAUCAAAAUGCGAGACGGAAAUGAC